GAGCUGGCGGGCAGGCUGGAGGGACGGGUGUUCCCGGGGGAUGACGUGCAGAUCCAUGACGUCACCCCCCGCACCUGCCAGCUGGCGCUGCUGGGGCCGGGGGCGGAGGCGGUGCUGCGGGAGCUGGCGCCGGCUGACGCCCUAGCCCCGCUGCUGUCCCCCAGCAGCACCCCCACCACCCCCAGCACCUGGCCCCACCUGCUGUUGGGCUUCCGGGGCCGGCCGCUGCUGGUGGCGGCGGGCAGCGGGCUGGGGCGGGGCGUGCCGGGUUUCAUGUUGGUGGUGGACGAGGAGGUGGCGGGGGAGCUGUACGGCAUGCUGGUACGGAAGGGCGCUAUCCCCAUGGGCAGUGAGGACUGGGAGGCGGCUCGCAUCCUGGCGGGUCGGCCGACCCGUGGGUCGGAGCUCACCGAGGACUACAACCCGCUCGAAGCCGGGCUGUACGACGCCGUGUCGCUGAACAAGGGCUGCUACAUUGGCCAGGAGACGCUGUCCAAGCUGCAGCUGCGCGAGGGGGUCAACCGGCAGCUGUGGGGGCUGCGGCUGAGCGGCCCCGCGGCCCCCGGGGACCUGAUUACCAGCGAGCUGAGCAAGGCGGGCGCGGUGACGAGUGCCUGUCAGGACGGCGAGGGCGAGUGGGUGGGGCUGGGCUACCUGCGCUGCCGGCUGGAGGGCACGCAAAUACAACUGGAAGGCGUGCGAGUGGCGGUUGCCGGCGCCCCCGCCACCGUCACCGCCAUCCCCUUUGCCUCACGUGCCUUCAGCCCGGCAGCGGAGCCGCCUCGGGAGGGAGCUGCUGCUGGGGGUGGUGGUGCGGAGGAGGGCGGCGAGGGCGGGAGCAUUACGAACCGGCUGGAUGAGGCCAAGCGCAAGAAGGCGGAGACGCAAGCGGAGAAGCAGGCAGCUAGCGAGGCGAAACUCAAGGCAAUGCAAGAGCGGCUGGCGGCCUGGCAAGCGGCGCAGCAGCAACAGCAGCAGUAGCAGCGGCUGCCUUUCACAACGGCAGCAUCAGCAUCAGCAGAGUGCGAAACAUGACUUGCACAAGUUGACCAAACGUUUUUGUACGGUGACGUGCUUGGGUGGAUAUGGCAAAGCAGGGCAUCCGCCCUGCUAUGGCGUGUUGUAGGACAUCCAUGUUUGCCAGGGAUGGCAGAGACGUGGCUUGACGUUUGCGUUUUGUCAGUUGCUUAAUACCCUCCAGGCAAAAUGCUAUGGCUGGAUGCUUAUAGUUGCGGCCUUGGAAUAGGGGUUCGACCCGCUUGAGGCGGGAACGGUCAAUGUUACCGGCAAGGGCGGCAGUAGCCGCACGCGGUAUUUCGUAUCCCCGCCACAGCAGUUCAAUUUUUCGUUACGCUAGUUAACUAUGACACUGUUGCCGACAUACGACUGCAGUUGCAAAGUGAAGUGAUGUGCUGCGGCAAUUGUGCUGCGCAGCAGCAACGGUUUGGGACCACGCCAGCGCCCCAACAGUGCGCAACGGUGUUGUUGGUUGACGUUGGCCAGACAGGAUAACACGGC